CAGCAGCCAAAGGAGCGCAGCAGCAACAUCAUCGUCAUAAUAAGUAAUAUUGUCUAAUGGGCGUGGCACGCCUUACAGCAGUGCUGCUAGUGCUUGGCGCACUAUUGCAGCUGAGCCAUGUGGAUGCCUACUCCAAGUACGGACGUGGGUGCGGCGACAUUGGCUGCCUGCCCAGCGAGGAGUGCGUCAUCACCAGCGACUCGUGCAGCUACAAUCAGCGCGAUGGCAAGGACUGCGGCAGUUAUCCGACCUGCAAGCGCAAGAGCGGCGGCGGCAGCAACAAUCAGGCUAAUCCCGCUGCGCCGUCAGUUAAUCCGUCAGUGAGCCACAGCGAUACGCACAACUCGAACGCGCCCAGCGCUCCGCUGCCGGAUGCGGCGGCUGGCGGUGCUUAUGGUGCUGGUGGCGGUGGCGGCAACGGCGCUGCUGGUGGAUAUGGUGGUGGCUUCUCGGCUGGCGGUCAUUCUCUCUAUCCCUCACUUCCAACAAACAACGGCGGCGGUGGUGCUCCAGCCUAUAAUCCCUACGGUGGCUAUGCUCCUCCAGCUGGCGGCUAUCAGCCGGCGCCAGGCGGCUAUCAACCCGCUCCAGGCGGCUAUCAACCCGCUCCUGGUGGCUAUCCCGGUGGCUAUCAGCCGCAGCCUGGCUACACGCCGCCUGCGCCUGGCUAUGAAAAUGGCGGCGGCGGCGGCGGCGGUGCACAGAAGCCAAAGGACAAGCAGGGCGGCGGCUUCUUCUCCAACUUCUUCUCCAAUCCAGCGGUGAGCCAAGCGGUAAGCGGCAUUAUUGCUGGACAGAUUGCCAAGCAGCUGCAAGGCGGUGGUGCAAAUGGUGGCGGCGGCGGCGGUGGUGCUGCCCAGCAGCCCUAUCAGCCCAGCGGUGGUUACAGCUCGGGUGGAGGCGGCGGCGGCGGUGGCGGUGGCGGUGGCGGCUCUUCUAGCGGCAUUGGCAGUCUGCUUGGUGGUUUGCUCUCUGGCGGCGGCGGCGGCGCUGGUGGGGCCGGCGGUGGCAGCAGCGCCAGCAGCUUCUUGGGCAGUUUGCUCUCUGGCGGCGGCGGUGGCGGCAACGCUGCUGCUGGCGGCGGCGGCGGCAGCUUGAGCGAAAUCUUCAACUCGAAGAACUUUGGUGGACUCUUCAGCGAGAAUCCGUCGGCGCGUGGUGGCAACAGCAACGACAACUACAACUCGAAUGGCGGCGCCAAGAGCUACCCAACUCAGCAAUAUGGCAAAUAAACUUUUUUUUUCAACUAUAUAUAGCUAUAUAUAGCUUUUAAAUCAAAUCAAAUCAACAUACAUAACUCGUAAUCAAAUUUCGGAGGGUUUUCAAUCGUAGCGAGCAGAACAAAAUAUGACAGACAUAAGCUAAACUAUAUACUAUGAUUAUAACAAUAGCAGCCAUGCAUAUAUACACAUGCACAUAUAUAUGUGUGUAUGUGUGUGUGUGUGUGUGUAAUUUGAAAUGCAAUUUAAUUUGUACAUAGUUGAGAAUUGAGAAAAUAUAAAACAUAAGCAUUGAGCCCUGUCUACAA